GCUUUUGGAAUAAGACUGGAAUGAAAAUCUGAAAUAAUAGCUCCUUCCUGUCUCAUCAUUGCAAGAAAUGGUGACUCUUGCUAUUUAUCUGCUGGUCAUCUUGGCUCGAGCUCUUGCAGGGCCUUGCAGCCCAAAUAAAGCAGAUGUAAUUCUGGUAUACUGCUAUCCUAAAACCAUCAUUACCAGAAUUCCAGAGUGUCCUUAUGGAUGGGAGGUUAAUCAGCUGGCACUUGGAGGCAUUUGCUACAAUGGGAUCCACGAUUCAGGAUAUUACCAAUUCACAAUCCCAGACCUUUCACCUAAAAACAAAUCAUACUGUGGCACACAGUCAGAGUUCAAGAAUCCCGUGUAUCACUUCUAUAACUCCAUCGUCUCCAAUGACUCCUCAGUGAUUGUGAAGAACCAGCCUGUGAAUUACUCAUUCACCUGCACGUACAAUGCCAACUACCUGGUGAACCAGGCUGCCUUUGACCAAAGGGUGGCCACUGUCCAUGUGAAGAACGGGAGCUCCGGCUCAUUUGAAAGCCAGUUGUCCCUCAACUUCUACUCUAAUGCCAAGUUCUCAAGUAUAAAGGAAGCCCCCUUUGUGGUUGAAACAUCUGAAAUUGGUUCUGACAUAUUUGCUGGAGUGGAAGCCAAGGGCUUAAGUGACAGAUUUAAAGUUGUUCUCAACAACUGCUGGGCAACUCCCUCCUCAGAGUAUUUCUACCAGAUCCACUGGCCUUUGAUCACCAAGGGGUGUGCCACGGACUACUCCAUCCUUGUGCACGAGAACGGGAAGACGAACCGGGCCACGUUCCAGUUCAACGCCUUCCGCUUCCGCAACAUCCCCAAGCUGUCCAAGGUGUGGCUGCACUGCGAGACGCACGUCUGCGACAGCGAGAAGUUCUCCUGCCCCGUGACAUGUGACAAGCGCAAGCAGCGCGCGGAGCAAACCGGAGGGGUUCUGGUGGCCGAGAUCACCGUGCGCAGCAAAGGUUUAUCCAGAUUUUACACACUCUCAGAUAUCAUCUUCCACCUACUUUUCGUGAUUGGAUUUUCUGCUGUUUUAUUAUAAAAUGCAGCCCAGCUGUAUUUCAUAACUUUCCCUGAUCCCGUUUGGACCUGGACUUCUUUACUAAAGAUGUUUAUUUUACAGAGGAAAAAGGAAAGCCACUAAAAAUCCUUGUGCACCAUUUCACCAGAUAAAUAAAACAUUCCAUGAGC